AAGCUACAGCAGCAGAGUUCACCAUGUCUCUGUCGACAAGGCUGCGACGCCCUCAGCCGUCCGAUGAUCCUUCAUCAUCAUCGCCGUCGUCGUCAUCUUACUCGAAAGUCGACAAGCAAGGGAAAUCGGACGGCGGCGUCGACAAAGGGUUGGGGUGGUUCUUUCCGUUGGUGGCUCUGGGAAUGCUGAGGUACAUGAGCGCCACAUCAAACAUCAUACACGACUGCGACGAGGUCUUCAAUUAUUGGGAACCUCUCCAUUUCCUUCUCUACAAAUCUGGCUUUCAAACUUGGGAAUACAGUUCACAGUUUGCACUUCGGUCAUAUUUGUACAUUCUUUUCCAUGAAUUGGUGGGUCAGCCUGCUUCCUGGUUGUUUGCUGAGGAAAAAGUGAGAGUAUUCUAUGCUGUUAGAAUCUUUCUUGGUCUCCUUUCUGUUAUCGCUGACACUGUCCUGGUAGUUGCUCUUUCAAGAAAGUAUGGAAAACGCCUUGCUUCUUACACACUUGCAAUGCUAUGCUUAACCAGCGGUUGUUUUUUCGCUAGCACAAGUUUCUUGCCAAGCUCGUUCUCCAUGUAUGCCAUGUCUCUUUCAUCCGGUUUAUUUCUGCUUGAUAAAUACGCCAUGGCAGUUGCAGUUGCAGCCGUAGGUGUAAUCCUUGGCUGGCCAUUCUCAAUCUUGGCUUUUUUGCCAGUCACAUUCUACUCUCUAGCUAGAAGAUUCAAACAAGCAUUUCUUGCGGGGGCCGCCAUAUCUGUUGCUCUUCUUGUAUCCUCGGUUCUCGUUGAUCAUUACUACUACAGCAGAUGGACAUCAUCCGUGUUAAAUCUGUUGAUCUAUAAUGUUGCAGGAGGCGGUGAGAGCCAUUUGUAUGGAACUGAGGGGCCGCUAUAUUAUAUAAGGAAUGGAUUUAACAAUUUUAACUUUUGUUUUGUACUUGCAUUGCUGUUCCUGGCAAUGCUGCCAAUUGCAAGGAAAAAGUAUGCCCCCAACUUGCUGAUUGUUGUCUCGCCAGUAUAUAUUUGGUUGGCAUUCAUGUCUUUGCAGCCGCACAAAGAAGAAAGGUUCCUUUAUCCAAUAUAUCCACUAAUUUGUGUUGCUGCAUCUGCUGUCAUUGAGAGCUUUCCUGAUGUUUUCCGAUCUGAUUAUGAUUCUCAAGGAAAUUCUCCAACGGUUAUGACAGCAAAGAUUCUGAGACCUGUGGUUCUUAGCCUCAUAUUAUGUGCCUCCCAUGCUCGUACGUUUUCAGUGAUCAAUGGUUAUUCUGCCCCUAUAGAGGUUUACAAGCUUUUAGAGCAUCAUGACGAUGUAGGAACAGGUUCUGUUCUCUGUGUUGGAAGUGAAUGGCACCGAUUCCCAUCAUCAUUUUUUGUUCCUGAUUAUGUGGGAGAGGUCCGUUGGAUUGAUGAUGGGUUCAGAGGACUUCUUCCCUUCCCAUUCAAUUCUACCUUGGGUGGAACCGCAGCAGCACCACCAUAUCUUAACAACAAAAACAAAGCAUCUGACUUGCAAUAUCUCCGGGAUCUUGAUCAAUGUACAUUCCUUGUCGAGCUGCAGCUUAGUCGGCCUUUCCCUUCUCGGGGAAGUGACCUAUCAACUUGGGAGGUGAUUGGAGCAUUGCCUUACUUAGACAGGGAGCUCUCGCCUGCCAAGUACCGCUCCUUUUUCAUCCCGUAUCUCUGGCAGCAUAAGAAUAUUUUUGGCAUGUACAAGCUGCUUAGAAGGGUACCGAAAUGAAAGGAAGAACAUCGCCCUCUGAUAGUUUUAGAUUCUGAACUAGCGUGACAUCUCUGAAGUGCUAACCCGCCCUCUCGUUGUAAGGAAAACAAAAGUAAAGGAAGAUCAACACUCCCCACCGAAAAAACACCCCCACCUCCACCUCCUCUCUUUUUUGAUGUAGUUUUAACUGUUUUGGUAGGUGCGACUUCCUCGAAGUUCUUACUGAUAAAUGAGUAGUUGAGUUCAAUAGUGUCUUGCAUUGCGUGUAUUUCUAACAGUUUGAUGUUCCCAAGUUCGUCUCAGAAACUUUUAUCUUGUGUUAGAUUGAGAAAUACCUGAUGAAAAUUUGAGAAAUUUUGAGCC